AUGAAUUUAUCGGACUUUAGUACGACCUAUAUUAGAAUACGGUGUGGUUGUUUGGUGUCCUUAAUAAGGACUCCUUAUACUUCUAAUGACUCUCUCCAACUUAAAAGAGUUCAGCGCCGGUUCCUUCGUUCUACUGGUUUCUUAUUAGGCAUUGAACACCCUCCUCACGAUUAUUCAGCUGUUCCUGCUAAAUUAGGUCUCGUCUCUCUAGCUGAACGCAGGCGAAUGCUUUGCGUAAAGUUUCUAAAAGGACUGUUGUAUGAUCAAGUUGAUUCAUCUGAUUUAUUAUCCUUACUGAAUUUCAAGGUCCCUAUAUGUCAAAACCGUUCAAGUGUUCCUUUUCAUGUCCCUAUAUGUCCAAGAAAUUAUAUGAAAAAUGAGCCUAGGCUUAGGCGUUUAAUGUUAAUGGCCAAUGAGGAUCCCUCUAUAGAUCUUUAA